CUCAUUCCCAACACCAGCUCCAGGCCUUUGCUUCCAAACACCCACUCCAGGGCCUCGGUCCAGGCCCUCACUCCAAACACCAGCUCCAGGCCCAAGGGCACUGGACAGGGCUGGCACUGGCCCUGGCUGGGUGGCCACAAACCAGUUGGGCCACUGCAAUCGUGACAGACCUCUCUGGUGAUAAAGGCACUGACACCACACUCCACCAGCAGUGUCUGCCAGGGCCUGGCCGGGGUGUGACGCUGCCCAUCCUCACCCCAUCCCUCGGGAUCCACAGCUCCGGCGGUCACAGCUGUCAGUGCCGGCGAGCCAAGGCCGGGAUUCAGGCGAUGCCAUAAGCACCGCGGUGGAGUGGGGAGGCUUUGGGAAAGCCAGCGUUUGCCGGGAGCUGCCCUGGAAGAGCUUAUUCCAUGUCGGAGCAGCAUCGGCACCCCCGCCCCGUGCCGCCCGCUCCCCCGGCACCCCGGCCAGUCCAGGACAGGACAGGGACAGCCCAGCGCCAGCGGUGCAGGCAGAGGAAAAGGUGACCAGGAUGCUGUGCCAUGGGAAGCCCUGGAGGUCCAUGUGCAAGGGGCUGGUCCUGGGGACCCUCCUGACCAGCUUCAUGUUGCUGCUCUACUCCUACGCCGGCCCCCCGCUGCAAGUCAGCGUGACUGAGAUCCCUGUCCCCUCCUCUUGCUCCUCCCGCCUGUCCCCUGCCAGGGCUCCAGCGGUGUCCAACGGCACAGGGAGCCCCUCAGGAAGGAGCUGCCGGCCCAAGCUCAACGUCAUGUUCAUGAAGACCCACAAGACCGCCAGCAGCACCAUCCUCAACAUCCUCUUCCGCUUCGGGGAGAAGCAUCACUUGAAAUUCGCCUUCCCCAACGGCCGCAACGACUUCUACUACCCGUCGUUCUUCGAGCGCAGCCAAGUGCAGCACUACCAGCCCGGCCGCUGCUUCAACAUCAUCUGCAACCACAUGCGCUUCCACUACGAGGAGGUGCGUGAGCUGCUGCCGCCCGACGCCACCUUCGUGACGGUGCUGCGGGACCCCGCCCACCUCUUCGAGUCCUCCUUCCACUACUUCGGGCCCGUCAUCCCCCUCACCUGGAAGAUAACGGGGGAGGAUAAGCUGGCCGAGUUCCUGCGGGACCCCCGGCACUACUACGACCCCAACGGGUUCAACGCUCACUACCUCCAAAACCUCCUCUUCUUUGACUUCGGCUACGACAACACCAUGGACGCGGGCAGCCCGCUGGUGGAGGAGCACAUCCGCGAGAUCGACCGCCGCUUCCACCUCGUCAUGUUACUCGAGUACUUCGAUGAGUCGCUGGUGCUGCUGAAGGACCUGCUGUGCUGGCAGCUGGAGGAUGUCCUCUACUUCAAGCUCAACGCCCGCAAGGGCUCCACCGUGUCCCGGCUGACCCCCGAGCUGUACGAGCAGGCGACUGCCUGGAACCUCAUCGACGCCAAGCUCUACCGCUACUUCAAUGCCACCUUCUGGCGCAAGGUGGAGGCCUACGGGAGGGAGAGGAUGGCCAAGGACGUGGCCGAGCUGCAGAGGGAGAAUGAGAAGAUGACGAGCAUCUGCAUCGAUGGGGGGCACGCCGUGGACGCCAGCGCCAUCCAAGAGUCCUCCAUGCAGCCCUGGCAGCCCCUGGGGGAGAAGACCAUCCUGGGGUACAACUUGAAGAAGAAGAUCAACAAGAAGCACCAGAAGCUGUGCCGCAAGAUGCUGACGCCCGAAAUCCAGUACCUGACUGACCUGGGGGCCAACCUCUGGAUCACCAAGCUAUGGAGUUACGUGCGGGACUUCCUCAAGUGGUAGGGGCUGGUGGGUGCCGCGCUCCCCCCGGGGAAGAACCAGGUGCUUUUGUUUUUCUUACUCGUGGUUCUUAUGGUUUGGAACUGGCUGGAGGAUUCAGUGCCCAGGAACUUUCGGUGGGACCCUCCACCACCUUUCUGCAGAGCCCCAGCUUGGGCUGGAGACGAGACUCUGCCUCCACCCACAGGGUCAAGGAUUGAGGGUUCAGGGACAGUGUUUUCCUGCAGGAUCCUUCUUCCUUCCCCACGGAAAGACUGGAGGAGGUAUUUGUGAAGGACGUGGCCCUGUCACAGCAGGAGCAGGACAUCCAUCCAUCCCCACCUUGCUGGGGGCAGCCCAGUGUGAGCAGGGAUGUGCUAGGACAGCAGUGGCAGAGGGUCCCCCUUGCCCAGGGUGGGUAGAACUGCCCGCAGGGAACCCCACCCUCCAGGGGCUCCUCAAAUUACCCCUUUGAGUCCUGGUUUUGGGGUGCUGGAGUGUUGGAGCCUGCUGCCCAUGGGUGUGAUGAGUGCAGCACAUUCUCAACCCACCCACAGCCAUCACACCAUGGCAGGCUAUGACCCAGAGCCACCCAGAGUCCUUUGGAGACUGGAAAACCCAUCCCAAAAGCCCUGGCAUUUAUCAACAGGUCCCUGUGGGCAAAGGGCACCCCCUCCCCGACCCCCAUCAUCCCAGUUAGAGGGCCCCGUGGCCCUGGUUCCCACAGGGGACAUCCCAGAAGGCUGAUGGGGUCUGGUGAGAACUGGUGUGGGGAGGAGAUAGGGAGCGGGGUGUGGUGGGCACUGUCCCUGUGAUGCCAUCCCGGACAUGGUGGGGACACCAAGGCCAGGGUGUGUCCCCACCCUGCCUUGGGGACAGACCUCCUGUGUCCCAGCUGGGCUGGAUGACCCCGGUGACACUGUAUCCUGCUGAGAGUGGCCCUGGCUGGGCACGGAGGUGGCACCAGUGGCUGAGCCUCCCCUGUAGAGAAGGGACCCCCCUGGCUUCCUACCUGUGUUUGGCUCCUUCUGUAAAGACCAGGAAUAAAAAAACAAUUCUACUUUUGUAAGAUAA